AUGAUACGCCUAUUUAAUCGCUUCUACGCGCUAUGCGCUGUGGCAGCGUGCACAAUUCUAUAUUCGGCUUGGUUUCUGACCUCCCGCAAUCUCGGGGAUAUUGUCCCCCUGGCCUCGGAGCAGUUCCGGACGGCGUCUUCGUUUGAUCAGCGAUUGGUGGUGUUUGGAGAUUCGUGGAGUGAUAAUGAGACCGAUGAAGAGCAGGGGAGAGUUUGGACGGAUUGGCUUUGUGGCAUGUUCUCAUGUCACCAGGAGAAUAUGGCCCAGACGGCCAAGUCUGCGCUCAGGGGCAAAUACGCUGGCUCAGUGGUUGAUAAUGCCGAGCUAGACUUAUUCGGCCGUCUGUCUCAGACUAAGUUGGCUGAUUUCAAGACCCAGCUUAAACAAUGGCUGGAUGCGGAGUCUGCCUCGUUGGUGGGCCUUUCCGAAGAACAGAUUCGUUCCCGUCAGGACCGUACUAUCUUCGUCGUCUCGUUUGGUAUCUGGGACGUUUGGAGUCUCGUGACGAAGGAUUACGAUAAGGCGGCGGGAUCGAUUGAGCGUCGUAUCGCUACGCUCAUGCAGCAGUUGAACCAUUUAUCUGAGCACUGGGGCUCGGGAUCGGAUAAACUCAAGGUUAUCCUGACGCAGACUGUGGAUGUGACCUUUUUGCCUGGGUUUACUGCUACGGGGGGUGAUGAGUAUAAGGAUGCGGUGCGGAUUCUGGAUGCGUGGAAUAAGAAGUUGAGGCAGGCGGCUAAGGAGUGGGAUCGGGGUACGAUUUACUUGUUCGAUACGAAUGCUUUCGUGUUGGAUCGGAUUCGGGAUUGGCAGUUGUAUGCAGCGGGGAUUGAGGAGGAGAAUGGAUUGGGGACGAAUCAGGAUCCCGGUUGGGAGAAUGUUGGGGAUGCUUGUGUUGAGAGUGACAGUGGCAUUCAAGUCAUGAUGUCAAAGGAUAAGUCCAAGGCGAAGAAACCGUGUGACCAUCCCGACAAGUAUCUGUUCUGGAACGAUAUGCAUCUGGGACCCAGUGCGCACCGUCUCAUGGCGACAGAGAUCUACCAUGGAAUUGACGGGGUUCUCUUGAACCCGAAAGAUUCAGGGACCAGUGGCAGCACCAACUCGGAUGAGUCUGCACCCAAGACAGGCGCAUCCAAGCGCCACAACCGACGGGGCUUUGCAGCUUAG